AACCCGCACCCCUCAAACAUCAAAAAAUCAGAAAACAGAAAAUAUUGCAAAAAUAAAAUAAAUUACAAUGUGCUGUACUUUAAAUACGCUCUAGUAAAAUACAAGAAUUAACGCAAAUAUCUCAUUUUAAUUAAAUAUGUCAAAUUGACUAACUAUUAGUAUUUUGUGAAUACAAUAUUCGAGGUAUAGAUUCGGCAUAAUGUUUAAGAGUCGUGGUGAUAGUAAUAUUGUUUAUAAAUGUACUGUUCGGUUGUUGGAAGAUACUGAAAUAUUAGAGUGCGAAUUCCAUCCUGGCUAUAAGGGGAAAUAUCUUUUAGAGCAUGUAUGCCAGCAGUUGAAUUUGGCAGAAACAGAUUAUUUUGGGCUUCGCUAUGUGGAUGCUGCGGGGCAGAGACAUUGGCUGCAUAUUGCUAAAUUAAUAUUGAAACAAGUAAAAGAUUCCUCGCCGAUACUUUUUAGUUUUCGAGUGAAAUUUUAUCCACCAAACCCGCUUCUGCUAAAAGAGGAUGUUACUCGGUUCCAAAUAUACUUGCAACUGAAACGGGACCUCUUACAUGGGAGGCUGUAUUGUACGGCUAAUGAAGCAGCUAUGCUUGGUGCAUUAAUCAUACAGAUUGAACUUGGUGACUAUGAUCCGAGUAUACAUGUAGGCAACUAUGUGACAGAGAUGCGAUUGUUGCUUAGACAAACAGAUGCAAUUGAGGCCAGGAUACAGGAGUUGCACCGGGAGCCUGUGGAGGGCUCUCCGUGUGGUACGGGCGGUGUGAAGGGCCUCACAACACAGGAGGCAGAGAGGACCUUUCUCAAGAUCGCCUGUCAGCUUGACACCUAUGGGGUAGACCCACAUCCUGUUAAGGAUCACCGAGGUAACCAGUUGUACCUGGGCAUCAACCACGGUGGUAUCCUCACAUUCCAAGGCGGCCGCAAAACGAACCACUUCAAAUGGUCCGAAGUCAAUAAAAUCAAUUUCGAGGGACGCAUGUUUAUUGUGCAUUUAAAUUAUCCUGAAAAAAAGCACACCGUUGGAUUCAAAUGUCCGAGUGGAGCCGCGUGCCGGCACGUGUGGUGUUGCGCUAUUGAACAAAUGCUGUUUUUCACGUUGCCAUCAUCGUCGGACGCUUGUGUGUAUUCUGGCGGUGGACUGUUCUCUUGGGGUACAAAGUUCAAAUACGUGGGUCGUACUGAGCGCGAGAUACUCGAGCGGGAUGGUCUGCUAGCUCCUCGAGAUCAUUCGGAGGAAGGGUCCAGUGGUGGUGGCAGGAGGAAAGCGUCUAGUGUACCCGCCACACCCUCCACACCUAUGACUGGAGACUUUGGGUACAGCAGCUUGCCGCGGUCGACGCACAGCGCGCCCCUGGAGGAGAGCGGGGGUGUUGGUGGGGGUGGGAGUGGGGGUGUGGUCGGUGCGGGGGAGGGUGAGAUGUGCGAUGGCGCCUGUCUGCUCAGCGGCGCCGCAGUAGACAUCGCACUCGCCUGCUGCGACAAGACGUCAGCCGCCUGUCCAGAGUAUAGUGCGCGGGAUCUUUUCGAGCACUCGUCUACUGAGUCCGCGGCGACACAUGGCACACAUGGCACACACGGCACACACGGUACACACGCGUCACACGCAGAGGAAUGGCGGCCCGCGCUGCAGCCUCCGCCCCGCCCCUUCAGUCUACUGCGCGCCUUCGUCCCCUCAUUCCUGUUCGUGUGGCUCUCCCUCGCCCUCACAGCUCUCCUGGUCUUCGAGACAGACUGGCCGCUGCUCCGACAUCUUAAGCGUAAGCCCGAAAUCAUCUCCCUCCGACAUCACUACUACGCCCCCCUCAAGGAGUACUUGAAGAAGAAAAUUGUCGAACUUUUCUGAUUUUUUGUCAAUCUUUAUAGACGGAUAUUUGAGGACAACAUUAUAUGGUUUUUUACUAUAUUUAUGUUGAAUAGACUUUGGGUGGUUGAGGUCCGUCUCUAAGAUACGAGAACUUAACGUGAUGCGUCUUACUUAGUACUUUAAUAGUGUUUUUGUUGCUAGAACUAACGGCUUUAC